AAGCCCCCAGCGCACAAGGCUCACACCUCAGGGUCAAUCAGUACUAAGAUAUCAUUCAUAAUGGCUCAGACUAAUCAGACGAACAUGCCCAUGGGACCGUGGAAGAUCACUGUAUAUGACCAGGAGCACUACCAGGGGAGAUGGUGGGAAUUCACUUCCUGCUGCAAGAACAUCAUGGAGUACGGCCUGGAGAACAUCCGCUCCCUGAAGGUGGAAUGCGGAGCCUGGGUGGGGUUUGAGCACAGCAGCUACAACGGCCAGCAGUUUGUCCUGGAGAAGGGAGACUACCCUCGCUUCGAAGCUUACAUGGGAAGCAAUGGCUACCGUGUUGAGAGGAUGAUGUCAUUCCGCCCAAUCUAUUCAGCUUGCCAUAAGGAGUCCCGCAUGUGCGUGUGGGAGUGUGAGAACAUGAUGGGCAGACAGUGGGAGCUGUGUGAUGACUACCCGUCCCUGCAGGCUAUGGGCUGGCACAACAAUGAGAUCGGCUCCAUGCGGAUCCAAAGCGGCGCCUGGGUGUGCUACCAGUACCCUGGUUAUCGUGGUUAUCAGUACAUCAUGGAGUGUGACUGCCACGGAGGCGAGUACAGAUGCUACAGAGAGUUCGGCACCCACGCCCACACCCCCCAGAUCCAGUCCAUCCGUAGAAUCCAGCACUAAAAUUAAAAGAAAAAAAAUGUCUCCUUCCUCCUUCUGUUCUUCUCCUCCCUCUCCGACCUGUCCAUUCCUCAGAACUCAGCUUCACAGUACAGACCUCACCGCCAGGAGUGCCAGCCAACUGAAUGGUGCUAUAUUCCUCCAAUGAUUUUUCAGAUCUGUCUCUUAAAGAAAGAAAGAAAGAAAGAAAGAGUGAAAACUUCAGAUAUAACGAUCUUGAAUCCUCAGCCAGGCUGUAGCAUGAUGAGACACCUGGGAUAUUGCUUUACCUUUAUCACUUUAAACUUGCAACUCCUGUCAACUUCUGUUAGACUCAGUGAAUAAAGAUGACAAGAGAAAUAAACGAAAGAAAAGGAA